AUUUUUACGAAUAUUUUCUUUUAACUUGUGUUUGGACCAAAACAUUCGUCGAACUAAGAAAUCUAUUCACAAAUGUACUCCACAAUUUUAUGUGUGUUAUGCUGAAAUCUGUGCUGUGACUAUUUUUACACCAUAUACCUAUUAUUGUGACGCAACGUUGAACUUCAAUGUGGGAUACUUGUAGAAAUUGUUCAGCAAUGUGUAGUUAAUAUUUUUUUGCUAAAAAACACCAUGACCGUGUCCAGAAAUAUUAUUUAUACUGUAGAGGGAGGUGGAUUUCUGCGUCGAGCAAAUGAAUUUGCCUUGCACGAAGUUUUCGACAGAUACGCAUCCAUCGAAAAAAAUGGCGAAAAAUUUAUGACUGCCGAGGAUUUUGUAAUAAAAUAUUUGACUCUUUUAGAUGAUAAAAACUAUAAUAAAGACACUGUGCGGUUGCUAGCAGCAAUUGUUGACACCAGUAAAGAUGGCCUUAUAUCUUAUUCGGAAUUCCAAGCAUUUGAGGGCCUGUUAUGUUUCCCUGACGCUUUGUACAAAACAGCUUUUCAAUUAUUCGAUACUAACGGAAAUGGCAUGGUUAGUUUUGCUGAAUUCGUUGAGGUAAUGACGAAAACUGAACUUCACAAGAAAAUUCCUUUCAACAUGGAUUCACCGUUUGUGCAGUUGUAUUUCGGUAAAGAUAAGAGCCGUCUAGUCAGCUAUAAUGAGUUUUCUCAAUUCCUGCAUGAUUUUCACGAAGAAUAUGCUAUUGAAGGUUUUAGAAGGGCCGAUGUUAAAGGGACAGGUUUUAUUUCUGUUUUGGAUUUUCAGGAAAUUAUGACCAGUAUCAAGAGCCAUUUAUUAACGCAACAAGUACAAUCCCAUCUAAUAGAGGCAGCAAAACAAUCUCAAGGUGGCAGCCGAGUAAGUUUUCCUUACUUUAUCGCUUUUAACUCUUUACUAAAUAAUAUGGAACUCGUAAAACGUAUUUAUUUGAAUGUCACCAAUGGCCAUAGAACACAAGAAGUCAGUAAAGAAGAAUUUAUGCAUUCAGCACAGGCUAUGUCUCAGAUGACACCACUAGAAGUUGAUAUAUUAUUUCAAUUAUGCGAUGUUCUCCAUCAAACGGGGAGAAUUGUAUACAAUGAUUUAUAUGCCAUUGCACCUGAACAGUACUUCAAACAAAUAACAAAUAGGCUAGCUGAAAUACAUGCUGUGAAUAGUCCCGAAGAUAGAGGAGUUCUUAUUCAAAUUCUAGAAAGUACCUACAGAUUUGCCUUAGGUUCAAUAGCAGGGGCUGUUGGUGCCACUGCAGUUUACCCCAUAGAUUUAGUAAAAACGCGUAUGCAGAACCAAAGGACAGGCUCCUUUAUUGGGGAGUUAAUGUAUAGAAACAGUUUUGAUUGUUUUAAAAAAGUUAUUAGACAUGAAGGCAUAUUUGGACUGUACAGAGGAUUAGUACCACAAUUGUUGGGAGUAGCACCCGAAAAAGCCAUUAAGUUAACAAUGAACGAUUUAGUUAGGGACAAACUUAUGGAUAAAAAUGGUAAUAUACCAAUUUGGGGUGAAAUAUUAGCAGGAUGUUGUGCUGGUGGGUCUCAAGUAGUUUUCACAAAUCCAUUGGAAAUAGUAAAAAUUAGACUACAAGUCGCUGGUGAACUUGCAGGAGGAGCCAAGGUACGAGCAUGGACGGUAGUCAAAGAUUUAGGAUUCCUAGGAUUGUACAAAGGUGCUAGGGCAUGCUUCCUUCGUGACAUACCUUUUAGUGGUAUUUAUUUCCCUGUUUAUGCUCACACUAAAGCUAAAUUCGCAGAUGAAAAUGGAUACAAUAGUCCUUUAACUCUAUUAUCGGCUGGUAUGGUGGCAGGUAUGCCAGCAGCGGCGUUAGUAACUCCUGCUGAUGUUAUUAAAACUCGACUGCAAGUUGUUGCCAGAAGUGGACAAACAACUUAUAAUGGAUUACUCGAUGCUGCAAAGAAAAUAUACAAAGAAGAAGGAUUUAGCGCAUUCUGGAAGGGAAGCGUGGCCCGUGUUAUGAGGUCCUCUCCACAAUUUGGUGUAACUUUAGUGACCUAUGAACUUCUUCAAAGAUAUCUAUACGUCGACUUUGGAGGAACGCGUCCGACUGGCUCCGAACUAAAACAAAUAUCAACAAUAGGUGAAACAAAGAAACCUGCCAAUCCAGAUCACAUUGGUGGUUAUUCCGUAUCACUUCCAAUAUUCUCAGGAAUAGAAACCAAAUUCGGACUGUGUUUACCCAAAUUUGGUGUACCUCAAUCGUAAAUUAUUAUUUUGAAUUAGUCCUCAAAAUAGGUUUUUAAAACAAUUUUUGUUGUUAACUGUGCUUCAGCUCUUUGAAUUCGCUUGUUUCACAAGGAAAUUUUUAUUUAUCGAAUCUAUUGAAAAGUUCGAUAUAGAGUGCAUAAGCUGCAAUUGAUUCACUAGAUCUUUAUAUUCAAUUUCAUUGAACGCAUUCAAAUAAACCAAGUAAAUUAGGGAACAGUAUUCAUUAUCCAUUAUAAGUAUAUUUUAGGGUUAAUCAUUUACCAAAAUCUAUUUAUUUGAACAAUAUGAGAUCAGAUUUAUAUUUAGCAUGACUAUCAACACAAGUUUCUGUUAGUAAAAAAUUUUUACAUGUUUUUAAUAAUAGGUUUAUCUUCGCAAUUUCUUUACUUUGGUGUAUUCAAAUUUGACUACUUAUUAUUUUUUUAAUUUACAUUAUUAAUAUAUUACAUAAAGGAGAGAAUCAGAAGCAAAAUAGUGCAUGCAACAUCUACUAGUAUUUCUUAAUUAUUUAUUGAUGCAGGAUUAACUGUAAAAUAACCAGGAAUUUUUAUAAGAUACCCACAUUGAUAUGAGUAAUUGAUAAUAUAUCUAUAGAAAUUAUGUAAAUAGUAUACACAUUAUAUAAUAUUAAGCAUCGACCCUAUUCUUAGUAUAUAAAAAUAUCUUGAAUUGCUCUAAAACUUUAUUUCACUCACAGUAUUUCUUGCUUUUAAUCCCAAAAUAACAUUUAUUUAAUAUUAUUGAACAAUUCUAAAUUACGCCACUGAGAUACCACUCUGAUAAUUUAUUUUAUAUUAUAUCAAUAGAAUUGCAUUUAUUCUAUAUAUUUAUCAAUAAAUGUCUUCUGUCUUCAGGGGCUCAAUACUAAAAACUUUCGUUUUAUACACGAUUGAAAAUAUUUACUAAUAAACACUAUAUACCAUAUAAUUUUAACAUAAAGUUGCGAUCCAAUGAGAGAAAGUUGAAUUAAGGGCUGAGGUGAAGCCAAAGAUUUAUAUUUCUCACGCUAUUUGAGCCGUGUCCCGUAUACUUUUUUUUUUAUCUCCUAGCUGAAAUUAUGGUCUUCCUAUCUGCAAUUCGCUCCAGAUACAGUGAUUGUUACUACCUAUUAACGACCCAAGGACAGAAAUUUGGAUACCCUGGCUUGCGUGGUAGUAAAUACUUCCUUUAAUAUACAGUCGCAAAAUUCUUUGUUUCCAGAGAGUAAUCAGUUGAUAAAACCAUAUUUUUGGCUAGGAAUCAAAAAAACUAUUUUCAUUGUACAAAAAGUUUAUGAUAUAAAUUAUGAUAUAAAUGAAAAAAUUUAUUAUAGUUCUUUCAAAAUCCAAUUCAAAAGACGUAAAAACAUAUUCUCGAAACGCAUUAUAACAAAUGCCAUUCAUAUACAAACUCAAAAUGUCUCUUCUUCCAAAAUAGAACUUAUACUUUUAAAUUGAAAUGAUUUCAAUUUUAAAUUCUAGGGUACCACGUUGGUGUUGAUAAUUAAUAUUUUGAAACUUAAAUUUUUUAUCAGUUGUCUAGUGAAAUUAUAUCAGGUGCAAGGUAAAGUUAUAUACUUGAACUUAUUUUAAUUAUUUUUCUUUUCUCCAAAAUACUGAAUGACCAACUAAUAUAUUUUUCUGGUAAUAUUUACCUACUCUAUGUUCUUGUCAUUAUAUGGUUAUAAAAGCAGUUAGCCGAAUUGUGCCAACAUCAUAUAUAAACUUUGCUCGGAAAUUCUGAAUAAAGGGGUGCAAACUUAAAUAAUGCAUAGUUGUGAUCUUAAAAUCUCUCAGCAAGCUGCAUCACUAUGGGAGUUAUGUGUGAUUCAUAUCAGUCGUACUUUUAUGAUAAAUAAUAAAGUUGAAAAUUGUAACGAUUUCUCCAUGUAAACAAAUAUCUUUACCCACAAUUUUCAAUUUAUUUUUCACAUACUUUUUGAAAUACAAUUUUCACCUUUUGAAUUGAAUGUUUAUCAACAUACAAAAAUUCCAUAAUUUAUUAUUUUUGAGUUCCAUAGAGUUAUGUCAUAUAUAUGUUUUAUUCAUAAAUAUGGUUUGGCAUAUAUUUGUGGAAAAAUUCUAUCGGAGUAGAUAGAUGAGUACCAGGCUAUCGAGGUAGUCAAUUUCAUGAUUUAUAACAAUUGAGUUUUGAUAUGAAAUUUUUUUAAUCCCAAUAUCUGUUUUUUUAGUGAGGUCAAAUUGCUUGUAGAAAUUAUCCACUUUAACUUAUAAAGAUCAUCAUAUAUCUCGUCAUUAUUCUUGAUGUAUCCCCAGAGCUUUUGUUACGUGAGUGCAUUUUUUCCAAAUAUCAAAUAUCAUGACUAUAAAAUUUUAUAAAGUGAACUAGCCUCAUCCUGAGAACAUUAUUCAAUCAGUCAGUACAGUUAGUUCUAUACACACUACUUACACCACCACUACAGCACUCACAAUUACACUGUCUGACGCGCGUUUCGAUAACCAAGUUAUCGUCUUCAGAGACUGAUGGUAAACUGAUGAUUUUGAUUUUAAAUUGCUUUCUAACAGUUUACGUAUCUGAAGAUGAUAACUUUGUUAGAUAGUGUAAUAGUGAGUAUUGGUCUAGUGGUGGUAUAAAAUUUCAACUUUGUACAGUUAGUUGGUUUAGUAGUAUUUUUUAUUUUCAGCUUCUUAUUAACGUGAUAUAAAAAGUGGAUUCAAAUGUAUGCAUAUAAAAUGCUGUAUGUGAGUAUGCAGAACAUACUCUACGAAAUGUAUUGUUACCAAGCAUUUUUGAGAUUUCAAUUUUUUCCAGUGAUUGUACUCUACUAUUGUAGGAAUUUAUACACAUUUAUAUACCAAUUACCUUUCGAAUAUAUAUUUUUUUUCAUCGAUUGCAAUAUAUGUUAAUUUCUAGUCUGAAACAGCAAUUAUAUAAAAACUGUUUAUGACUAUUUUUUUAUUUAAAAUGUUCCUCCCUUCCCGGUUUAUCAUUAUUUAAAUUUUGUAAUCAUGAAAUUAGAGAUAAAUCUGUUAUUUAUUACAUAUUCUAUUUUUUAUUGUACUUUGUAUAAAGAUCGUAACAAUAGUACUAUUAUUGGUCAAAUACCUUUAAUACCUUUAACUAUUAUUGUAAUGCAGUUAAAAUAUUAAUCAUAUUUUCUUUUAAAUUCUUACAAGAAACAGGCGAAUUUCAUUACUUAUGAAAAGAUUUUAUUGUACAUAGGAGUUAGGAUAGGCAUAUAUUUUUUGUUCAUUUUACAAAAAAAUUUUAUUGGGUUCUCAGGAACUGUGAUAUUGAUCCAUUUUAAUUAUGCUAUAUUCCAUGUUGUUAUUUUUUGUAAACUGUACAUUAUCUCAACAAGCAUAUCUACGUGUCAAUUUUUAUUUUCUGCUGUAAUCAGCUGCAUUAAAUUUUAUCCUAUUCUACUCAAUAAAUCAAUAAAUUAUACACAGUUUAAA